AUGAAUGCAAGGAACAGGUUCCCCUUCACUCCAUCACAGUGGCAAGAGCUUGAACACCAAGCCCUCAUCUACAAAUACAUGGCUUCGGGUAUCUCCAUUCCACCUGAUCUUCUCUUCACCAUCAAAAGAAGCUACAUAGAUUCUCCUCUCUCUUCUAGGCUCAUGUCUCACCAACCUCAACACUUUGGGUGGAACUAUUUGCCAAUGGGAUUGGGAAGGAAAAUAGACCCAGAGCCAGGAAGGUGUAGAAGAACAGAUGGAAAGAAAUGGAGGUGCUCAAAAGAAGCGUAUCCAGAUUCAAAGUACUGUGAGAGGCACAUGCACAGAGGGAAAAACCGUUCAAGAAAGCCUGUGGAAGUUUUGAAAACAACACCGACAGCAACAAACACAGAUGCUUCAACCCCCACAAUCUUAUCAAUCACCAAACACAGUCCUGCACUAACCCCAACCACUCAUUCUCUCUCUGUGUCCUCUCAUGACACUUUCCAUCAUCACCACCCUCACUCCUUCCUCUACCACACCCCACCUUCAAGGCCUUCUUCUGCUUCUGCUUUUUCGUUCCAAGACAACAGUGCCCCCUUGUUCCUUGAAAAUGGUUCUUCCUCUCACAAUAACAACACUCACUGCAGGAACAGGUAUGUCUAUGGGCUGAAAGAGGAGGUGGAUGAGCAUGCUUUCUUCACUGAACCUUCUGGGACUAUGAGAAGUUUCUCUGCUUCAUCUAUGGAAGAUUCUUGGCAGCUAACACCACUGACUAUAAGCUCCUCAUCAUCUUCAAAACAGAGGAGUUGCUCUGGUUUAUCCAAUGACAACAACACCGAGUACUCUUAUUUGCAACUUCAGAGCCGCAAUGACAACAACUCAAAGCAGCCACAGCAAGAUCAUGGUUGCUACAUAUCAGGAAGUGAUAUCAAAUGUGAAACGUUCAUGAAACUUGGGAAAGAGGAAGAAGAAGAACCUCAGAAAACCGUUCAUCGCUUCUUUGAUGAAUGGCCACCACCCAAAAGCAGAGGAUCAUGGCUUGAUUUGGAUGACAAAUCAUCCACCACCCAGCUUUCAAUUUCCAUUCCCACAUCGUCUCAUGAUUUUACAACUUUCAGUUCAAGAGAUGGUUGA